UGAUAAAUCCUCAUAGGCUUUUUUCCCCAAGAAAUCCAAAUUAAAACCAGGAAGCAUAAUGUACGCCGCACUCUUAGCACUCGGCUGGAUAGCCAUUGCCACCGCUCAUUCUGGGCAUGACCAGAAAGUCAUCGAAGGACCCCAUCAGUCCCUAUGGUACACCAGACUGCCCGGAGAUGGCGGCACGCAGGCGGACUCUGUCUUCUCUGGCAUUACUACCUUCGGCCGUCUCCCCUACCAGCCCUGCCUUCAGAACCCUGAUGCAAAAUACGACAUUGCGUUCAUCGGUGCCCCGUUCGAUACCGGAACCUCCUACCGCCCAGGCGCCCGCUUCGGGCCUUCGGGCAUUAGACAAGGCUCCCGCCGACUGAAUCUCUACGGAGGCUACAACGUCCCCCUCAAAACGAACCCCUUCAACAGCUGGGCCACUGUCCUCGAUUGUGGUGAUAUCCCCGUUACCUCAUAUGACAACACAUACGCACUCAAACAAAUCGAGGAAGGCCACUUUGAGAUCCUCUCCCGCGCCCCCGCAACCGACGCCGACAAAAGAGGCCCCGCGAUCCAGGGAAGAACCCUACCCCGCGUGAUCACCCUCGGAGGAGACCAUACCAUCUCCCUACCGCUCCUGCGCUCCAUCAACCGCGCCUAUGGUCCCGUCUCGGUGAUCCACUUCGACAGCCACCUCGACACCUGGAAGCCCAAGGUCUUUGGCGGAUCCCCCUCCGACGUCGCGGCCAUCAACCACGGGACCUACUUCUACCACGCCGCGAUGGAGGGCCUGCUCUCCAACGACACCAACAUCCACGCUGGUAUCCGCACCACGCUGAGUGGGCCUAGCGACUACGACAACGACGGGUACUGCGGGUUCGAGAUCGUCGAGGCGCGCGAGAUUGACACCAUCGGCACAGAGGGCAUCAUCAAGAAGAUCGUCGACAGGGUUGGGACCGAGCGACCUGUCUACCUAUCCAUCGAUAUUGACACUCUCGACCCUGCGUUUGCGCCCGCCACAGGCACGCCCGAGACGGGGGGCUGGUCGACGAGAGAGCUUCGGACGAUCCUGCGCGGGCUGGAGAAUAUUAAUUUGAUUGCGGCGGAUAUUGUUGAGGUUGCGCCCGCUUACGAUACGAAUGCUGAGCACACUACCAUGGCUGCGGCCGAUGUGCUUUAUGAGAUUAUGAGCAUGAUGGUGAAAAAGGGGCCUUUGAGCAGAAUGAUUGAUGCGGGAGAUAACUCCGAGUUAUGAAAGAGAACGAUCGCAGACGGGGUUAGAUCUUGGUUGUCGGGUCUUAAGUGCUUAGGCGACUGGGUCAGACUUGGCCGUGGCUGACAUUAUGUGUUGGGUAGUAGCUGCUUGUGAUGUUGUUAAAAUUGACCUUUUCUGUGAUAUACCUGUUUUGCUGCUUGUCGUUUGUGCGCCUAGUGAGCUGUUUUAUCACCUGAUUCCAUAGAAACCAAAGAUGCA